AAUGUGUUGGUCUGUGCUUUUCAGUAGGCCCGACAAGUUUGCUACCUGAACGCUUCCGCCAUCGGCUUGUCAGAUUCCGUCAGCCUUGUGGCUCCUGCCCAAAUACCCCUGUUGCCACUGGCUGGCGCUAGCUGAGAUUCCCCGGCCUUGCAUGCUAUGCUAGCGUGGUCGCAUGCGCUGUUCCUGUCCCCUUGCAUCAGAGUAGCUGGCAACAGAGACAGAACUAAUGGUCCUAUAGACCACUCACGACUUCCUUUCCAUCUUUCGCCUUCCGCAAAUUCAUCAUCAAUCCUCUGGGCUAUCAAGCAAUCUGCGCAAUCUGCCUGUCUUGAUUCAGCGCAUGAUCUGCGAUGUGUCGAUUCCUAGUCUACAAGGGGAGCGACGAGAUCUUGCUCUCCAAGUUGAUUCUUGACCCGACGCAUUCAAUUCUCAAGCAGUCGUUUGAUUCUAGGCUCCGCUUGGACACCCGUCGAGGACAGAACAAUGCCGAUGGCUUUGGUAUUGGCUUCUACACCGACCCAAAACUAGGCGCCGCCCCUUGCCUAUUUACGUCGACCAUACCCGCCUGGAACUGUACGAACCUGCAGAGAAUAGCGUCCAAGACAGCAUCCCACCUGAUCUUCGCACAUGUCAGGGCAACGACCGAAGGUUCCUUGAGCGAGGACAACUGCCACCCCUUCUGCCAUGGCAGCCUGAUGUGGAUGCAUAACGGCGGACUGGGGGGAUGGAAGCACAUCAAGCGGCGCCUCGGCGAGCGACUGGCCGACAAAUGGUAUCUGGGCGUCGUCGGUGGCACCGACAGUGAGUGGGCCUUUGCUCUCUUCUUAGACACGCUCCAGCGGAUGGGCCAUGACCCGAGCUCCCAACGGCCGGAAGGGUUCGGGCCGACAGUGUUGAGGAGGGCUAUGCUCAAGACGAUUGCAAUCAUCAAUGAGCUCAUCGACCAGAUUCCCCAGAGUGUCAUCCACGCCGAGAAUGUUGACACCAGGAGCCUGUUGAACUUCUCCGUUGCCGACGGACACAGCAUCAUCUGCACCAGAUACGUCAGCAGUUCCUCGGACGAGGCUGCCAGCCUAUACUACUCGUCGGGCACCCAAUGGGAGUCGAGAGCGCCGUCGACAGAUGACCAAAACUUCCAGAUGGCACGGCGCGACAAAGGCGCGGAUAUCGUCCUGGUUGCGAGUGAGCCGCUGACUUUUGAGAGAGAGAACUGGGUCAACGUCCCCACGAACUCGAUCCUGACUAUCCAUAACCAAACUGUCAUGGUCCACCCCAUAGCAGACAAAUACUGGAACAGGGACCCUCACCACAGACGGUCAGCAGCAUACGUUCAAACUAAAGGUCUGGCUGCAAACGAAAAGUCGGCCACGACGAGGACAGCGACGCCACUGGCCACUCCAGCAAUAGACCUGGAGAUUCACAGGAGAUAUAUGAGCCCCAUCAUUCCUUUCGCGACGAACACCCGAUCCCGCACCCCCGAGACGUCGAACCUCUCGCGGACCCAGACGCAUUCCUCCUCGGAAUCAUCUUCCUUGCCACCCGACGUCCGUUCUAUCACGGCCCCGCCCGUUGUCCGGUCAUCCCAACAAGCCCCCUCGCAAGGCAAUAUCAAGAAGAAGAGAGCCUCGCUCAGCGCCAUCGAUACCACACAGGCAGGCUCUGCAAGCGCAGUUGCCGCCAACGCCGCUUCCCACCAAGAGCAGGAGGCCCAUAGCCCCGUCACCCCUGAUCUUCCCAGGACGGAAUAUGGCAACCCGAAUAAGAUUGCCCAGUUCUUCCCUGAACUCACUCUCUCACAGUAGCUUCAUGGUCGUUAGGAAAGGGUGGGCUGAGAGUUGUUCUCGGCGAGUAAUGAGUCACAUAUUCCAGCGCGGCGUUACCGGUAGAGUGGACAUUUUUAAACUUGGGGGCGACUGUAUUAAUUCUCGGCCUUGGGUUUCAUAAUCGUCGAUGGUACCGAUCCCCAUUUCUGUGUUCAGUAGGAGUCUUUAGGUCCAAGAUUGAAAUUCGCGAGCUUUUGAUUCCACUACUGGAUUCGUCUUAUGCUUGUCCCGGAUGACUUUCACUUCACAUUGCUACAAUAUUUCAAGGCCACCCCCUGAACAAGACAAUGGUCGGGAUGUGCACUUAAAUGUUAUAAAUUGUGAUCUAAUUCGCUAGUCGAGUCAACUGCCCCUGCCCGUU